CACACACACACUGAACGGAGAUUACAAAGCUUUCACAUGUGGAUAGCGAUCAACACACACGGGAUCCAGGUGUACAGGGAGAAGGACAGGACCUAAGUCUAUCAAUCUCCGAAGUUGCCCCGGUGCCAGAUCUAUAGGUCAGCCCAACCGUAACGCCGCAGGACAAUAGGAGCCCAACCCAAAGACCUCAGACUGCUAUCAAAAAGCAAAUAAUCAAGCUCAUUAGCUCUCUUCCCCUUAGACGACCUUCUCUGAAAAGAUCAACAGAAGAAAGGAAGUUAAAAGAGCCGAAACAAGGGGGGAGAGAAAGAGAAAAAUGAACACUGACAGCUAUUUCUGAUACUCUGUGGUGAAGAGAACGUCUCAUUUGAGAUCUGUGACCUUGGAUUGUGACAAAAAAGAUUUCCCCAUGCCCUGCCCUUAUGUAUCUCUGGUUUAAACACUGAAUUUAGGCAUUGGAUUGUUUCCAAAAGCACACAGUGAAGAGGUUAGCUGCAGAAAGUUAUAGCAGAUUCUCCAAAUGCCUAAACAUCUACAUGUAUAGGGAUCCUAUAAAUGGAUCCCUAAAGUGAUAUCUAUACUGCUAGUAUUCUGAGAUUGACAGAUUGACAUUUCAUUCCUUCUUUUUAGAGGGCAAAGCAACUGCUUUGUCCUUUCAGUUUGGAUGAAUUUUUCCAGAACUCAAAAAUGAAGCCCUUAACUCCCAUUGGUUCGCCUUCACCACUGCGCCUCCUAAACAAGGGGCCUGAUUACCUGCGUAGGCAGAUGGACGCCGGAAGCAGAGGCCGUUCGAUCAGCGCCGUAGAACGACUUGAAGCUGACAAGGCAAAGUACGUCAAGACACAACAGGUUAUAAACACCAAGCAGGAACCUGUGUUAGUUCCCUGUGCAACCCCUCCACCAGUCCCGCGUCGCAACCUCACCACCUCCACUCCAUCAACACCCGUUCUCCUGCCCCGAAAUCAAAUGGUGCCUUUCUCCGCACCAUCAUUUUCAAGGGAUGAAAAUGAGGAUGACUCCAGGAAAGAGAAUUGUCGGAAUGAAUCUGAUGUGGAAACAAACAAUAAUGCAAACAAGCCUCCAGUUCUUUCCCCAAGAACUCCAUUAGUGGCUCCACAUAGUGCGCCAAUAAUGCGCAGAAGCAACGGCAAGCGCAUGCUGCGUCCAGACUCCCUGGUCAUUUACAGACAGAAGAAAGAAUGCAAAAGUCCCGGCGAAAACAUCAACGGUAACAUAGAGGUCAAGGGAUACAGCUUCGUGCGACGGCUCUUCCAGGGAUCCAUGCGAGAAAAGAGUAGCGUCAAUGAUGUGGCUCAAAAAACGGUGAUAAACGAGGAGAAGGCUUCAUCCUCUCGAGACGGGGAUUCUCGAAUGUCCUGGUCCAAUGAUAAAGACACUGUCGAUGGUGGAGUCGAGACCAGACGUUCAAGCAAAUCUGAGCGAGAACACUCAUCGGCAGAGAUUCAAAACAACAACGAGGAGAAGCAACCGAAGAUUUGUUUACGAAAUAGCACAAGGAACUCUAACAAUAAUGACAUGGACCCUUGGAAGCCCGUCAUUCCUUGGAAGCGCACCAACAUGAAACGCUCAAAGUCAGAAUUGCGACUUCGGUGCUCGCUAGCUAUAUCUGAGCAGGAGCGCUUCUUUGAUUACUGUGGAUUAGACUUUGAUAUGGUGGAGAGGCUCGGACCGGAGAACUUUCUAGCUGGUGCCAGUUCAGUCGACACGCUCUCGCUGCUACUUAGGAGUGUCGGAGGAGGCGGAUCGGAGCCUAGUGAGUUUUCCAGACACUCUGGAGAAGGGAUUUUCCAAGAGGAACUUGCAGAGCAGAUUCCGACAGGUGUGUCUAUUAUUGAGAGGAAUGCGCGCGUCAUUAAGUGGCUCUACGGUUGCAGGAGCGCAGCCCAGGAAGGUCCUAAAGAGUCUACUGUUUGA